GUAAUCCGCUCUGAUGUCAGCGUCAGGAGGGAGGGGCCGCGGCGCACAGACGGGCUGCUGCCGACGGACAGGAGGAAGAUGGAGGAGGGAAGGAGAUCGGACGGGAUUAAAGAGCCGUGAAACGCCGCAAACCACAAACAGAGACCCCUGGGAGCAGGGCUGGCGUUCCACACCUUUGCCAUGAGCAGCUGGGAGGAGGUGGAGUCAGGGGCGGGGCCUGGAAGCAACAGGGCGGGGUCUAGGAAGUCAGCAGAGGUAGGUCUGAAACAGCCUGGCAUGGAGGCGGAUCAGUGGCAGGCCCCGCCCCCUCAGCGCCCCAGGCAGCCCAAUGGCAGGCCAGGGGCGGGAGAGGGGGUGCGGUCUGGGUGGCGGCCAUGCCAGCAGCACAGCCAGACCGUGGAGCCCUCUGUGGACAGGCAGAACCAUCGGCAUGGAAACCAACAGCGUUACCGCAGAUAUGAGGCAUCGGGCAGGGGUGGGGGGCGGUGGCGGGGCCACAGGCCGGUGGAGGAAGGGGGAGAGCAGCAGGUGCCCCGCCCGGGCGUGGCCCGCUACCGCAGGACCCAACAGCACAAACACAAAUACAGACACCAGGAAGAGGCGGAGCCCACAAAGCCUCCUCCCACAGCACACACUGGCCAGUCAGAGAGUAGCUUUCACAGGAGGCGGGCAGAGGGAAGGGCAGAGGUCCUGGCAGGAGGAGAGGAGGAGGCUGUGGAGGAGGGAGAUGUGGAGAGCCAAUCAGCAGAGCAGAAUGGAGGCAUGGCCCCGCCCCUACACUCCCUCCUCCUCAGCCGGGACGCCCUGAAUACCCCCUGCUCACACCGUGCUCACUCCCCCCAGAAAUGCAAUGGGGAGCCACACAGUCAGCAGCAAACAGAACCGCAGGAAGAACCCUCCUCACAGCCCUGCAGAGAACCGGGCCCAGAAUCCUCCUCACAGCCCUGCAGAGAACCACGCCCAGAACCCUCCUCACAGCCCUGCAGAGAACCACGCCCAGAACCCUCCUCACAGCCCUGCAGAGAACCACGCCCAGAAUCCUCCUCACAGCCCUGCAGAGAACCACGCCCAGAACCCUCCUCACAGCCCUGCAGAAAACCGGGCCCAGAACCCUCCUCACAGCCCUGCAGAGAACCACGCCCAGAACCCUCCUCACAGCCCUGCAGAGAACCGGGCCCAGAAUCCCCCUCACGCCCAGAACCCUCCUCACAGCCCUGCAGAGAACCGGGCCCAGAAUCCCCUUCACGCCCAGAACCCUCCUCACAGCCCUGCAGAGAACCGGGCUCAGAACCAUCUUCAGAGUGGAUGGCAGCGGCCGGCAGUGAGGCGCGUGCAGGGCCGUUUGGUCCCCCGCAGAGUGAUGAAGAGGAGACCGGCCUUGCGCUGUUGGAGGAGUGGAAGUGGACGGGGCAGACUGCACUGCAGGUGCGCAGGGCCGGACUGCGGCUUUUUGGGAGGGGUGGAGUCCGACUGCGGCAAGCGGUGGGUUUACGACUGCACCACUAUGAUGAGCGCUCGGACAGCGAGUCAGAGAGCCCCGAAACUGAGGUGAACUUCUCCCCCUUUCCCCUGAGUGGGGGCCGUGGGCUAGAGGAAAGGUGUAGAUCGCAGAGUUGGCACAGAGCUAUAGGCCAGGAAGAAGAGCAGCCUGAUUUGGAUCAGGUCUCGCAGGAUCAGGGAUCAGGCAAGCCCCAGGAUGAGCAGGCCGAGGUGGGGCAGCGGCCAGGAAAGACCCAGGAUGAGCAGGCCGAGGUGGGGCAGCGGCCAGACAAGCCCCAGGAUGAGCAGGCCGAGGUGGGGCAGCGGCCAGGAAAGACCCAGGAUGAGCAGGCCGAGGUGGGGCAGCGGCCAGACAAGCCCCAGGAUGAGCAUGCCGAGGUGGGGCAGGGGCCAGGCGAGCCCCAGAAUAUACCUGCUCACAGUGAGGAGAGAGGGGAUGCCAUCUCCCUGGUCAUCAGGGACAUUAAGGAGGCCAUUGAGGAGGUGAAAACCCGGGCGGUACGCUCUCCCUAUACUCCCGAGGAGCCCAAAGAGCCAAUCUGGGUCAUGAGACAAGACCCCAGUCCCACAGAGGCAGAGAGUGACCUUCAGCCAGCAGCAGGGGACGAUUCUCCAGACUGUGGCUCUCCAUCCCCUCUGGGUGCAGAGUGCAUUAACAGUCAGCAUGCUCUGGACAUGAGUGACAGUUUUGAGGCUCCGCCCAGCCAGGAGUCCAGGAAGACUUUGGCUUCGUUUCCAACCUACGUGGAUGUUCCUGGACCUUGUGACCCUGAAGACCUGAUUGAUGGAAUCAUCUUUGCGGCAAAUUACCUGGGUUCCACCCAGCUGCUGUCAGAAAAAACCCCGCCCAAGAGCAUCCGCAUGACCCAAGCGCAGGAGGCCGUGAGCCGAGUGCAGACGGCGCAGAAACAGGCCAAAGGAAGGAGGAAGGCUCCUGAGGGUGAUGCCCAGGUGGAUCUGUUCAUCUCCACACAGCGAAUCAAAGUGCUGAAUGCGGAUUCCCAGGAGACGAUGAUGGACCAUGCGCUCAGGACCAUCUCCUACAUCGCUGAUAUUGGGGAUAUCGUGGUGCUGAUGGCUCGACGCAGGAAGCCCCGCCCCCGACCGCAGGAGCCAGUGGAGACUUCUGACCCCGCUCCCGAGCAGAAGCAGCAGUACCGGAUGAUCUGCCACGUGUUUGAGUCCGAGGACGCGCAGCUGAUUGCACAGUCCAUUGGCCAGGCCUUCAGCGUGGCAUACCAGGAGUUCCUGCGAGCCAACGGCAUCAACCCUGAGGACCUGAGUCAGAAGGAGUACAGCGACCUCCUCAGCACCCAGGACAUGUACAACGACGACCUCAUACACUUCUCCAAGUCGGAGAACUGCAAAGACGUGUGCAUAGAGAAGCAGAAGGGGGAGAUUCUGGGCGUGGUUGUGGUGGAGUCGGGGUGGGGCUCCAUCCUGCCCACCGUCAUCAUCGCCAGCAUGAUGCAUGCUGGCCCAGCAGAGAAGUCGGGCCGCCUCAGUAUCGGAGACCAGAUCAUGUCCAUCAACGGGACCAGCCUGGUGGGGCUGCCCCUGCCCACCUGCCAGAGCAUCAUCAAGGCGCUGAAGUCCCAGUCCCGAGUGAAACUGAACAUCGUCAGGUGCCCACCGGUCACCAUGGUGCUGAUCCGCCGACCGGACCUCAGAUACCAGCUGGGCUUCAGCGUACAGAAUGGCAUUAUCUGCAGCCUUAUGAGGGGGGGUAUAGCAGAGCGAGGGGGGGUCCGUGUCGGCCAUCGCAUCAUCGAGAUCAAUGGCCAGAGCGUGGUGGCCACGCCACACGACAAGAUCGUCAGCAUCCUGUCCACUGCAGUGGGAGAGAUACAUAUGAAGACAAUGCCAGCUGCUAUGUACCGCUUACUGACCGGCCAGGAGCAGCCAAUCUACAUCUGAGAGCAGAUCACCUGACCCCUGAACUCUGACCUUCAAUCCUGCUGUCACCAAGUGCACUGAGGAUGGUCAUGCUGGUUUAACACGGUCGCCCUGCGGUCUUGCUGUGGUUGAUGUCAUUAGCAUCCCUCCUGUAAGCGCUCUCUCAGAACUGCAGGAGUCGCACUACAGUUAAAUACAAUUAAAAAAAAAUUACUGACACCGUGGGUAUGACAUGUUACCAUUGAUGAAUGAGAGCAUGGCAUUGUGGGAUAGCAGCAAUAAACAAAACAGACAGCAAAAAGCAUAGUGAGCUGAACUGGACAGAACAAAGCUGUGAGAACUCAGACUCUUUGGGAGCGGAGAGCACAGGCGGCAAAAAGGGACACAGCAAAUCUCCAUCCUCUUACUUGGACCAAGAAGUUUAUAACAUUAAAUCAGUAUUUAUGUAGUAUGUAGUAUGUAGAGACCGACCGCUCUCAGCUUAAUGUUCUGGUGAGCCAACACAGGAUGGCAUGAUGGGACAUGUAGUUUAAUGUGGAGAGGACACACGGCAGGCCCUUCUGCUGAGAUCGUCACCGAGUGUCUCACACACCAGCCUUUAAUGUAACACGCAUUAUGACAUCAUGACUGUGUCACGAUCACUGUCAGCCAAAAAAGUACAAAACUGCUGCAUGACAUGCAACGAUCCACAGCGUUCAGGAUACUGCUGAAACUGACAUACCCAUCAAACAGGCCAUGCCUGAGCCGGGCUGUGUUAGAUCAGCGCUCAGGCUGAGCCGGGCUGAGUUAGAUCAGCGCUCAGGCUGAGCCGGGCUGUGUUAGAUCAGCGCUCAGGCUGAGCCGGGCUGUGUUAGAUCAGCGCUCAGGCUGAGCCGGGCUGUGUUAGAUCAGCGCUCAGACUGAGCUGGACUGCGUUAGAUCAGUGCUCAGGCUGAGCCGGACUGCAUUAGAUCAGCGCUCAGGCUGAGCCGGACUGUGUUAGAUCAGCGCUCAGG